UUCCGGUAGCAGACAGAGAAGAGGCGGAGGAGGCUCGUGCAGCUGGAGGAACGUAAACAUGGCGAACACGUUCAGAAGUAAAGUCCUAAAGCUUCAGAUGCUAAUGUCACGUGUUUGGUUCUUGUUGGAUAUUCGUGUUGAUGUUGAACUGUGACAGACGUACACAUCCGGACGAUGAUUCAGCUUCGUGCCUCCAACGCCGCCAUCUUCACCGGGCGGAAGAACUCGGCCAUGAGAGGCUGGAGGUGUCUGAGCUGAACUGAAAAUCAAAGUCACUGGUUCAGAUCAAAGGCAGAUUCACAGCAGGAUGAUCUGUGCUGCAGGGCCAUCGGGAGGGAGAUGGGGCUCCAGGGGCUGAUGUCGGCUCGGCAGCUGAAGAAGAAAUGGAACAACUUGAAAGAAAAGUACAAGGUGCUGAAGAACCCUCCGGUGGGGAUGGAGAACUCGACCACACCCAGCUCGUGGCGCUGGUUUCACCUGAUGGACCAGGCCAUGAGUGGUGGCCUGGCUGGGACCGCUAACGUCGUGCAGCCCUCCCUGUUGGACGAAGACGAGGCACACGCUGCAGACCUGCCUCCGCUCAGCCCUCACAGCAUGGAGGAGGAUUUUUCUGCGUUCAGUGCCAUUGAAGCAGGAAGUCUGAAGGGGGUGGGGGUGCUUGGGGGGAUCCUGGAGGCGACCAGAGCUGAACCACCUGCAGAGGGCGCUGCAGCCGGAGGAGAUGGGUUCAACGUGAGAAUCGCCCAGAGUCAAUCUGUGAUAAACGGAAGCACGUUACCGCCGGACCGCACCACUGCUGCUGCACCAAACACCAACAAGACAAGCUCCUCUGCAGGAAACAUGGUGCAGGACGCCAUGGAGCUGGACAGGAAGCUGUCUGAGCUGCAGAGAGAGAGGCGGGCUCUGGAGAGAGAGCAGGCAGAGUUCGACAGGGAGCUGAUUGCUUUAGAGAGAGACCGAGCGCUGCUGAACAGAGACAUGGCCGCCCUGCAGCGAGAGCUGACGGCUGUAGAGAGAGAGCGAGCGGCUGUGGACAAAGACCGAGCGUUUCUGGACCGAGACCGAGCUUUUCUGGAUCGAGACCGAGCUUUUCUGGAGAGAGACAGAGCCGUUCUGGAUAGAGACAGAGCGUUUGUGGAAAGAGCUCAAGACGAGUUGGCGAGAGAGAGAGCACUGUUCAGGAGAGAGAGGGAGGCGGUCAGAGGUUCGGCUGAGAUGACGACAGAGGAGGUGGUUCUUCAGACCAGGUUCUACCAGAACCUGAGGCCUGCAGAUCUGGACCCAGACCAGCUGGAGACCAGACAGAGACUUGUGUCUUUGUUCCAGAAGCUGGUGGAGAAACUGUGAGAAACUGAUCAGCUCCUCUUGUUUCAAAAUUGAAGCAGCUGAACUGGUUUCAGCUCCUGUUCUUUCGAAAUAAAAGCUGUUGAAUUGACUGAUCAGCUCCUGUUCCUUCAACAUAGAAGCAGCUGAACUGGGAUCAGCUCCUGUUCUUUCAAAAUAAAAGAAUCUGAACUAUGAUCAGCUCAUGUUCUUUCCAAAUAAAAGCUGCCGAAUUGACUGUGA